UAGUGGCGAUAGUAUUACCGCGCUGUCUGACAAAAAAAACGUGCGCGUGCUGCAUUUCGUUGCUAUAUUUUUGUAAUAUUUCAUAAAUUUCUGUACACUGUCAGGCACUAUUUUAAUUGCAGCGAAAUGUGGCCGCGUUUUGGCAUUAAAGUCGGUAACAGCACACUGUGCAUUGCUUACGUAAAGGCCGAUGGCAAGGCUGAAGUAAUUGCUAACAAGCAAGGUGAUCGCGUCUCGCAAGCGUGUUUGCUAUGGAACGGCGAUGCGGAGACGGAAUGUGGCCUGACGGCCAAACAGAAGAUGGCCACACGACCCAAGCAAGCGGUGGCGCACAGUUUUCAACUGCUGCAGCCCGAGGAGGAGCUCAACGAGGAUAAAUUUAACAAAUUGGCGCUUAAGGAAGUGCCCUGUGAAUACGAUAAGGAGGCCUUUGUGUUCCGCAUGGAGCACACAGUGCCGGCGGAUAGAGAUGAUCAAGAGGAUACGAUAGUCACGAAAGAGAUGAGCGCCUUUGAAGUGACCGUGGAACUAUUGCGAGCGGAACUGGAGCUGGCGAGACAAUACCACACGGACACAGAGCACGAGCCAAUCGCCGUACUUUCCAUACCCAGCUACUAUCCGGCGAAAUCGAUCAAGAUGCUCUCGGAUGCUGCCAAAUCGGCUGGUUUUCAUGUAGCCCAAAUCAUUGCCGAGCCCACAGCUGCAGUGCUUUGCUAUAAAAUUGGUGAGGAGCAGCUGGAGAAGCAGCAGGAGGCACGUCGGCAUGUGCUGACCAUCAAAUGCGGCGGACUGUACAGUAACUUUGCCUUGUAUGCUGUGCAGAAUGGCUAUUUCAUUGAGCUGGCCACCUUCGGGCCCUUUUCCAUUGGCGGCCGUCAGUUCACCGAUGCGCUGGUGCAGUUCAUCUGCGAGGAGUUCAAGCGCAAGUACAAACUGGAUCCGCACGAGUCACGUCGUUCGCUGGCCAAAAUUCGAACUGCUGCAGCCAAUUGCAAGCAUAUCUUGACAACGCUGCCGUCCACGCAGCUGUACAUAGAUUCCCUGAUGGAUGGCGUUGAUUACAAUGCGCAAAUGUCGCGCGCACGCUUCGAGAGUCUCAUCCAGCCGGUGAUCAAUGGGCUGAUACAGCAGCUGAGCGAGUGUGUGGAGCGUGCACAGCAGACGCAUCCGGAACUAAAGCGCAUCGACGAUAUUGUGCUGCUGGGCGCCACCAUGCAAAUACCGAAGCUGCAAGCAGCAGUCGCAGCUCGCUUUCCGGACGCCAAGCUGCACAAUAGCCACUCUACGGACGAGGUGGUGGCCAUCGGCUGUGCCCGGCAGGCGGUCUUCCUGCUCGAUCCGCGGCAGGCGCAGCUGCAAAAGGCCGACGAUUGUGUCCUCGUCGAGGAUGAUUUGUACAUUUGGCAUGGCAACGACGAGACGAAUGCCAAACUGGUUUUGAGCAAGGGCAGCAUAUUGCCCGCCAAGAUCAAAGUGACACUGCCACAGUCGGGCGAGGGAGAUGCAAUCGAUGCCCUGGCCUCGUUCAAGCUCCGCACCGGACAAAGCGAAAUAUUGGCACGUCUGCCCGACACGACGCCGACCAUCGAUGACGGACUAUUUCAGCUGGAGGUCGAAGUGGAUUGGGAUGACAAGGAUGGUAAUAUUGUGCCAUUGGUGCGGCUGCGUUGCAUGUGAACUCAAUCAUUUAGUCUAUUUAUUGUUGGUAGCCUAAUACUUAUAAUAAAAACAGAGUAUAUAAUAAA